AUGAGGGCCCUGAUCGUCGUUACAGUUCUCCUACCAGCCGUAUCAUCUUUAUUGUUAUACGGCUGCACACUCACCGACAAUCUAUGCGAAGAAAAUGAAACCUGUUAUCCAGAUGGAGUUUUCGGACAAUGUUUUUCACCUGUCUAUGGUGUCCCAGAACCAACUGUUUUAACAGAGCUGGAUGAAGCUCAACUUGAGCUUCUUCGCCUUGAGUUGUUAAGAAUUUACAAAGCCGGUAAUGAGUGGGCUGAUGAGCAAACACAAUGUGUUUUGGCUUAUUACAAGCUAUCCAUGUCAUACGAUCUUCUGUACGAUCCGAACUUCUGCCAAGUUCAUAACCCAGCCAAAGUCUGGGGAUUAUUACAGUUGAUUGGUAUGGGCUUAAAUGUAGACAACUCAGUUGAAGAUGAAGUCAAUCCACAACAAGUUUUACUUCUCGAUGAUGAAGUUGGUGAUGAAAGAUCUCAGUAUGAUCGAGAUGCACCAGCAGUUGAAGAAGUUGAAAUGCUUGUUCCUCUGGUUCCAACAGACGACGAAGUUCCAGAAGACGAGAUUCAACAGAUCAUUCAACAACUCAAUGAGCCAUUACCAGAGAUCGAUCUUGAAGAAUAUGUUAAUCAAGACGAUACAAUUGAUCCAACAGUCGAACAGUACAUGGAAAAAAUCGUUAAAAACGAAGAUCCAGAUCUAUCACAGCUGUCAGAUAGUCAGCUUAAUGAAUUAAUAUCACGUCUCUUCACAUUAAAAGAUAAUUUAAGUAUAGCUGAAUCAGCUGAUGAGCAACCUGAAGAAGUUGGAGAAGCUGAAGAAGCUAUAACACUUGAUAACUCAGCAUUAGCUGAUCAGCAACAAGUACUAAAGAAAGAUGCUGAAGAAGUUGGAAAUGUUGAAAUGGGCUUGGAUAAUACAGUCCAUAAGAUAGUUAAAGGACGUAACAGUGGAAUAACUCGUGUGGUCGGCAAUCGAGUCUAUUUAAAGGUUAACAUAAAAGCUGAACAGCAGCUGUAUCCAUUGAUCGAGUUCCUUCAAAAUACUAUUGCUUUACCUAAUAAUCUUAUCUUUGACGAUUUUCAAUUUGAUCAGGGUCAAUUGUCAAUGAGAAUCAACCGAUUAGAAGGUGUUAAAGCUCCAAAAGACAAACGAAUUGAUUCUGUUGAAGGAGUUGCCAAAGCUGUUUACAAACGUCGAAAAGAUAUAGCUCGAUUUUCUGGAGCUGAAGUAGCUGAAACUGGCAUCGGAAUCGGAUCGGAGUCCGUACCCGUAGAAUCAGCUGAGCGUGACUGGAUUUUCAAGCCAAUCCUCAUCGUCUGCGGUCUGACGAUUACUGCUCUCAUUUCAGUUCUCUCUAUUCAUUUAUAUAAGAAUCGACGAUAUUAUCAUCAGAAUAUCAAGCAAAUGGCUUCUAGCUUUGACACUAAAGCUAACUUGACCUACCAAGACAUCUGCCGUCAACGAGUUGGUCAAGAGCCAAAUUCUGGCCGAGCCAGUAAAAGCAGCUCAACCAGUAGCUGGUGUGGAGAUGAAGCACAACAGCCAACUAUCGAUAUUGGCACGGGACAUGUUGUCAUGAAUUUCUUACAAGAGAUGUUGGCUGAUCCAUCUCGCAUGGAGGCUCAAUGGGAUUCCAUUAACACAUACUGUAAUUUAACGAAGGAAAAAAAUAUUGGAGCACAAUAUACAAACAAAAAUCGAUCAAUAAUUCCAUUUGAUGAGAAUUUGGUUCCCAUCGAAGCUUGGAAGAAUGAAACAGCUUAUAUAAACGCCAGCUUCAUCUAUGAUGAUGAUCCAAAACAACCUGUCUAUAUGGCAGCUCAAACACCACAAGCUGAUGAUAUGGUUGGGUUCUGGCAAGCCAUAUGGCAACACGGUGUCUGCUUAAUCGUUAAUUUAACUGACACUGAUGAAAUCAGACAAGACAAAAACUAUUGGCCCGCAGAGGGAAGUCAAUUACAUGGACCAUUUGAGAUUCACUUGGUUUCUGAACAUAUUUGGAGUUCAGAUUACAUGGUUCGAUCAUUCUAUUUAAAGAAUCUUCAAAAUAAUGAAACACGCACAAUCACACAAUUCCAUUAUAUUAACUGGCCCAAGGAUUCAACUCCAUCAUCGGCUAAGAGCUUAUUGGAAUUCAGAAGAAAAGUCAAUAAAUCCUAUCGUGGACGAUCAUCACCAUUACUUGUUCAUUCGUUGGAUGGAUGUGGACGUACAGGAGUUUACUGUGCCGUUGAUCUUCUUUGUAACCGUCUGCUACGAGGUGUUCGUCAGAUUGACGUUGUCGCUUCGGUCGAACAUUUGCGCGAUCAACGAGAUGGAAUGGUUCGUACUGGUGAUCAGUUCCGCUUCAUAUAUGGUAGUGUAGCACAAGAAGUUUCUAUGCUAAUUAAGAAGAAAGAUCCAUAA